AUGCUUAGAUUGGCGCCCAGAUCGUUGCUCAGAGCUAGACCAUUGCAAUCCGCAGUGCGCGGUUUCUCUGUUCGCGCUGCUGCUCGCUACGAAGACCCCUUGGAUGUUCGUCAGUUGCCUCGUGCUGAGACUCAAGAGCUAAACGUCCCCAUAUACAACCCAAAAGACAAGUACAAAGUCCAGGUGGAAGAAUUGCACAAGUUUGGAAGAUACAUCAUGGGUUGUUUGCCCAAAUAUGUCCAGAAGUUUUCUGUCUGGAAAGAUGAGCUGGUGAUCUACGUUGGGCCUUCUGCCGUGACUCCAGUACUCACCUUUUUGAAGGACCACACCUCCGCACAGUUCAAAUCUUGUGUUGAUGUCACUGCUGCUGAUUAUCCUUCAAGAACCAACAGGUUUGAUGUGGUUUGGGAUUUGCUUUCGGUGAGAUACAACUCGAGAAUCAGAGUGAAAACAUACGCUUCCGAGGUUUCACCAGUGCCUUCUUCGGUUCCUCUUUACCAGGGAGCCAACUGGUUUGAGAGAGAGACCUACGAUUUGUUUGGAAUCUUCUUUGAGGGUCACCCGGACUUGAGACGUAUCAUGACCGAUUACGGUUUCGAGGGCCAUCCUCUGAGAAAAGACUUCCCAACCACCGGAUACACAGAGGUCAGAUAUGACGCAGAAAAGAGAAGGGUUGUUUAUGAGCCACUGGAGUUGACUCAGGCAUGGAGAAACUUCUCGGUUGGUUCUGCUGUGUGGGAGCAGGUUGGUCCGGGCAAGGACGACACUCCAGAGAGUUUCAAGCUGCCUGUUCCUGAGCCUGAGCCUGAGGUUGAGGAGAAAAAAUAG